AAACCAUUACGAAAAACUGGUGAAUUCCGCAUCUGAUAACGCCUUGCCGUCUAUCUUACAUCACAUAUCAAACGACAAAGCUGUUCAACAGAUCCUACCACUAUAGCGACACAGAUACAACCACACAAAUACAUCUUCAGCAUGACGGCAACCGGCACAGCCAGCUUAGGCGACGCCAACCGCGGGAAACGUCUCAUUCCUCAUGUCAUUGACGAGAACGCCCGUAAAACACCUGACAGAGAAUUUAUCCAGAUCCCGCGAUCUUCCAACCCAAAAGACGGCUGGCGCAUUGUGGCAUGGAAGGACUACGCCAAUGCUAUCAACCGCUGUGCACACAAGAUCGUCGAGUACUGCGGCGAGGCAACGCCCGGAACUUUCCCAACAAUUGCGUAUAUCGGUCCCAACGAUGUACGAUAUCUGGUAGUUGUUGUAGCGGCGGUGAAGGCUGGCUACAAGGCGCUCUUCAUCUCACCUAGAAAUUCACAAGAAGGACAAAUUAACCUUUUCGAGAUGUCGGACUGCCAUGUACUGGCCUUUUCGCCGACGCACCGCGCCAUGGUGCAGUCGUGGUUAGAGGAGAGAGACAUGAAGGCUAUCGAGGUGAGUUCCAUGGACUCUUGGUUCCCAGCCGAGGAGGUGCCCGAGUUCUCCUACAACAAGACGUGGGAGCAGGCUGAGCAUGAUCCGUUCGCGGUGCUUCACACGAGCGGUAGCACAGGCUUGCCCAAGCCGAUUGUGGCGAAGGCGGGCAUGCUGGCGAUUAGCGAUGCAUGUUAUAACCUUCGCGAGUGGAAUGGGACGCAGACCCUGCACAAAGGGUGGGCGGAGAAGUCCAAGAGGCAUUUCGUUCCCAUGCCUUUGUUCCAUGCUGCUGCAUUGUACACAAUUAUCCUAAAGUCCAUUUUCUGGGAAAUACCCGUGUGUCUUGGCAUCGCAGACCGACCCCUAUCUUCGGAUCUGGUCAUGGAGAGUCUGAAUCAGUUGGACGUGGAGUCGGCUGUACUGCCUCCGGCCACUGUGGAGGAUAUGAGCCAAAGCGAAGAAUAUAUCAAGGCGUUGGCAAAGCUGAACUGCGUUAUCUUUGGCGGUGGCAACCUCGUUCGCGAGGCAGGAAAUCGAUUGGUGAAGAAUGGUGUUGUCUUGGUAAAUUCCAUUGGGUCGACAGAGUUUGCCCCGUUUCAGGUCUACUGGCAACCCGACCCGGAGCUCUGGCAGUAUUUCAUCUUCAACGAUGAUUUGUUCGGGUGCGAGUGGCAUAAGGUUGAGGAUGACGAUGAAGUGUAUGAGCUCCACGUGGUGCGUCAGGCCAAAGAACCUGGUAUGCAGGGUUUCUUCUACACUUUCCCCGAUGCCGACGAGUACAACACCAAGGAUUUGUACAAACCGCACCCCACCCUGCCAAACCACUGGCUGUAUUACAGCCGCUCGGACGACAUCAUUGUCUUCUCCAACGGCGAAAAGCUGAACCCGGUUACCAUCGAAGAGAUCGUCUCGGAUCAUGCCGAAGUGAAGGCCGCUCUUGUUGUCGGCUCGCAGCGAUUCCAGCCCGGUCUGCUCAUCGAACCUCUUACGCCUCCCAAAGAUGCCGAGGAGGAAAAGAAACUCAUUGAUAGAAUCUGGCCCCUGGUUGUCCAAGCCAACAAGGAGACCGUCGCCCACGGGCGGAUCAGCCGGGACCUCAUUGCCGUCUCCAACCCCGACAAACCCUUCCAUCGUGCAGGCAAGGGGACGAUUCAGAGAGCUAUGAGUAUCAAAGCGUAUGCUGAGGAGAUCGACCUUCUGUACGAAAAGGCCAACUUGGUUUCGCAUUCUGACGCCCCUCGCCUGGACAUCAGCUCCGAGGAAGCAUUGGUCGAGUCCAUCGCCAAGAUGUUCGAAGACCACCUCGGCUCCCCUCACUUGGAAUCCGACACCGAGUUCUUCGCCGCCGGAAUCGACUCAAUGCAAGUAAUCAAUGCCUCUCGUCUCCUGCGUGCUGGUAUUGCGGCAUUUGGCCAGGACAACGUCGACUCGCAGACUCUGGCCACGCGAGUCAUCUACGGCAAUCCCACGCCUCGCCGAUUGGCACGCUACAUCCUCGACUCGGUCUUGUACGGCGGAUUGAAGCACAAGGCCAACGAGGACGAGGAGCAGCAACACGCGAUGCAGUUUCUGUAUGAAAAAUACACGCAAAACCUCCUCCCCAACAAAAAGGGGCGUCCCAACCCGUCAGACGUCGGCCAGACCGUUGUCCUGACCGGCUCAACCGGCAUGCUGGGCUCCUACCUCCUCGACCAGAUGGCGCACAACCCUUUGGUAAAGAAGGUCAUCUGUCUCAACCGCGCCGCAGAUGGCGGCGUCAAGCAGCAGGCCAAGGCCAUGGUCGGGAGGGGUCUGGACCCCAGUUACCAGGGCAAAGCCGAGUUCUACCACACCGAUCUGUCGAGGUCCAAUUUUGGCCUGCCGAGGGAUGUGUACGCGCGGCUGUUAAAGGAGGCGGAUCGCGUGGUGCAUAAUGCGUGGCCGGUUAAUUUCAAUAUCACGGUCGAGACGUUUGAACCACACCUUUGCGGUGUGAGGAACUUGGCAGAUUUCGCCGCGAAAGCCGAGAAGAGGGUCGCAGUUGUUUUCAUUUCGUCCACUGGCACGGCCGAUCGGUGGGAUUCGACUACCCGUGGUCCCGUCCCCGAGGAGAGACUCGAUGAUGUGAGUAUCCCUAGUGGUGGAUACGGACGGAGUAAGAUGGUGGGUAGUUUGAUUAUGGAAGAUGCCGCCAAGGUGGGAGACUUUCCCGCUGCCAUUAUCCGAGUGGGCCAGAUCGCCGGCCCCGAACGCGAGGAAGGAGCCUGGAACCGACAGGAGUGGCUGCCUAGUAUCGUGGCCAGUAGUCUGUACAUGAAGGCGCUGCCCAGCAACCUGGGAGCCAUGGACAGGGUCGACUGGACGCCGGCAGAACGCAUUGCGAGUUUGGUCCUUGAGAUUCUCGGCGUGGCGCAGAAGGUCGAUCCUGAGGACAUCACAGGUUACUAUCACGGCGUGAACCCAUCAGUGACCUCUUGGAAGGAGUUGGCGCCUGCGGUGCAGGAGUUCUACGGCGAGGACCGGAUCAAGGAGUUCGUCAGCUUCAGAGAAUGGGUCAACCGUUUGGAGAAAAGCCAGGCGGAUGGGAUUCAGUCCGUCGAUGCGAAUGCUGGUGUUAAGCUACUCGACUUUUACAAGUUGUUAGCUGAGGAUCAGGAGGCCGGGCAUCACGGGAUGCAGUUUGAUAUGCGCAAUACGGUCAAGAGAAGUGUGACUAUGGCGAGAUCGGGUGUUGUUACGAAGGACAUGAUGAAGCGGUGGUGUAAACAGUGGGGAUUCCAAUAGGGGUAUUUUGAAUUGAUUUACUUUUGUUUUUGAAGCAGAGAGGGAUAGAUAUUGUUCAACGCUGCAUAGAUUUAGACCGUUCGAGGAAAUCAAAUACGCCCAUGAAAUGUUCAC